AUGAUCCGAGCGUAUGGAAAUGCCGAUGGCUCGGCGCUGAAGCCUGGCACGAUCUUACCCCAGUGCACGGCAAUGCUGUCUCCAACCGGUAGUCACUCGUUGGUUAUGCAGGCCGACGGAAACCUGGUUUUAUACAAUAACACAUCCGGGCAAGCGAUCUGGUCAUCCGGAACGAACGGAAAGGGAAGCCCACCUUUCUUUGCCAACUACCAGCCAGAUUACAACUUUGUGGUAUACGACGGAACUGGAAAGCCACUCUGGGCCUCUGGCACGAACGGUCAGCCCUCUGAUCGGCUAGUGAUGCAGGACGACGGGAAUCUCGUCACCUACCUGGGUACAACACCGAUCUGGUCGACGGGGACCUAUGGCAAGUGA